UGACAAUAGUUUUGUUUUGCAAGUUCGAAGCCUACCAGAGCGCGUCGUAUCUAUCUCCUAAACAAAUCGUAUUAUUUGAAAUCUUUGACUAAAUAAUUGAAAUAAACCAAUUACAAUGUCAGUUGACGAACAUUUUUCAAUGUGAGAACAAUCGAAAUUGGGGACCUUUUCGCCGGUAACCUAAAAAAGCGAACGACGCAAAAUGUCAGAAACAUCUUGUUAUAUUCUCGACAAUGGGGGCUACUCAGCUAAAGUGGGAUUUUCCAACACUGAAGCGAAGGUAGUCCCUAACUGCAUUAUGAAAGCGAAGUCAGAAAGGCGACGUCCAUUUAUAGGUUCCCAAAUAGACGACUGUAGAGAUGCAUCGGGUCUCUUCUACAUUCUGCCGUUCCAAAGAGGUUUUCUUAUCAAUUGGGAUACUCAGAAAACGGUGUGGGACUACAUGUUUAGCAAGGAAUGCUGUCCCGUCAACUUUAGUGAGACGCCACUUAUAAUAACUGAGCCAUUAUUCAACUUUGCAUCCAUACAAGAAGCAAUGACGGAAAUAUUCUUCGAAGAAUAUGAAUGUACAUCAUUACUGCGCAUAAAUGCUACUGAUUUGGCUGAAUACAAGUAUCGGAAGGACCAUAAUAACAAAUGUACCCUUGUUGUUGACUCUGGAUACAGUUUCACCAACAUUGUUCCCUAUAUUGAUGGAAAAAAGUACCGGGAAGGCAUAAGAAGGAUAGAUGUUGGUGGCAAAGUACUGACAAAUCAUUUAAAAGAAGUAUUAUCCUAUAGGCAGUUGAAUGUGAUGGAUGAGACUUAUGUUAUAAAUCAGGCGAAAGAGGAUUCAUGCUUUGUGUCGCAAGACUUUUUGGCCGACAUGGAGAUUGCUAAGAAAAAAGGUUCAGAAAACACAAUAGUGAAAGACUACGUGCUACCAGAUUACACGUCAAUCCGUCGCGGAUAUUUAAGAGAUGUGGUCAAACCAGAUGAGGAUCUAGAACAACAAACUCUCAGAAUGAAUAACGAGAGAUUCGCCAUACCAGAACUGCUGUUCCAUCCAUCAGACGUUGGAAUACCGCAGAUGGGGAUCCCUGAAGCCAUUAUGCAUUCCAUAUCUGCGUGUCCGGAGGAGCACAUGGAAAGUUUACUAGAAAAUAUAGUUGUGUAUGGAGGAAAUGUUAUGUUUCCAGGCUUUAGGGAUAGGGUCUACAAUGAUGUGCGGAGUUUGGCCUUGGACCAUUAUGACGUGAAUGUCAUGAAGCCGGAUAACCCUAUUACCUACGCUUGGGAAGGUGGUAAGCAAAUAUUCAGAGACCCUGACUUCUACUCCUUCUGUGUGACCAAAGAGGAAUAUGAAGAGGAGGGCAAGUCGUUAGCAUUCGAAAGAUUUGAUAUUUAGCGUCGGAAACGAGCGAGGAAGUCGUCUGAAUAAGACUUCUCGCUCGGUAAAAGUUUUUGGUAGUGAGGAUUGUGAGGACAUUGUGACAGUGCUAUGUGAAGGAUAGAUAAUUUCUGUUUAAUGAAUAAUGAUGUAUCUAUUAAUUAUGAUGAUUGCAAUAUAAACGUAUUAUUCAGUAGUUUGGCUGUUUUAUUAAUAGCAAGCAUUAGAUAUACAGCAAGGUAGCGAGUACUCAGUCAGGACAUUAGACUAUAGACAAAUAUUCCUCCAUGGCUGGGAUUUAGGAUUGAGUUUUUUUGUAUUAACACGGUAAGUCGGUUUUCGCAGUUCCAACUUUCGAAACAUAAGCCUAUUAUAGACACAUUCUGUGAUGUGGCUUAUCGAGUCCAGCCUAUCAAUUUAGUUUAUAAAUGUUCAUCACGUUUUGUCGCGCUGACAAAUUUUCAA